AUGGAGAUCGUGGAAAAGUUAAAAUUGACAGGCAACGUUAAUCUUGAUGGCGUCCAGACCAAGUCUAUUGUAGCUGCAGGCGAGAUCUAUAAAUCGUUGGUGAAGCGGACGUUCUUGCUAAUUGUAGGAGAUGUGAGCGGUGAAAUAAAGGUGGAUUUGAUGGGAAUUCCCCUACCCAGAGAAGCUCCAUAUGAUUCCAAGGUCGUUUUUGUGAGAGAUCCAGUGAUGCCGCCAGUUGCUGUGCCGCAAUACAAUAUUAUAACUACUCUGAAAUAUGUGACAAGGAUUUGGAUGGCGGAGGGAGUUAUUAUUAAAAGGGAGAUAGAGGAAGAUGAAGAAUAUGAUUCCACGCUUGUGGAGAUGUCCCGCAUUCUAUUGAGAGAGUUCGAGCUUCGUUCUCUGAUUCAAUUAACUGAAAGCAAAACACAUUGGCAACUGCCGGAUUGGGCCAUGAAGAAUGAUCGUGGUCGUGAUCUAGCAAAUGCUUUAACUCAUGGGAGAUACAGGAUUUACUUACCACCGAAGGGGAAAUUAUUGGACAUCUAUUGGCCAACGGAACUCCCUCUAGAAUGCCACAAACUCUCCACUCUACAGCUCGGGGGGUGGAAUAAUUUCCACUCCGAUUUCGAAACCAUCAUACCAGACCCUUUUUUUAAGCAAAUGCAGGGCCUUCGAGUCCUGCGUCUUAAUGAACUAGGUAUCAAAUCUCUGCCCUCCUCCAUCGCCUGCUUACACAAUCUCAGACUUCUCAGUUUAUUUCAAUGCCAACACUUAAACUCUCUCCCCACUUCCAUUCAAGCUCUGCACAAUCUCGAGUUCCUUGAAGUUGUCGAAUGUUCUUCUUUCGAAACAAUGCCAGAUGAUUGCUUUCGACAAAUGACCAACCUUCGAUUUCUCAACCUCCGUGGAACCAAGAUCAGAUCACUGCCUUCCUUUUUUUCCAAGCCGCGCACCAUCCAUAAACUCAUCUUAACAGAAUCCCCCUCUUUAAUGGAAAUCCCAAAUGAGACCUUCGAAUGUAUGGAGCGGCUUCAGGUUCUUAAGUUGAGAGGUGCUUCUAAUCUAAAUUCUCUACCAUCCUCUCUCUCCAAGUUGGUCAAUCUUAGGCGACUCGUGCUAUGCAACUGUUCUUCCCUAAAGAUGAAGUUGCUGCCGCAUUUACAAAAUCUCUCCGCACUCAAGAAGCUUGAUCUCGAAAACUGUAAUUCCCUAGAAGAUAUUGAGGAUGUUUCUACUUCUCUUGGAAAUAUCUUGCCAAACCUCCGAAAGCUCGAUCUUUCCGGAAUCGAGGCAAUUUCACAGGUCUCCUUGAAUGGCUGCCAAAGCCUAGAGUCUGUAAGUCUGAACCGGCUUAAAAACCUUCGAAAGCUCAAUAUUUCAGGUACCAAAAUCAAAUGCUUUCCCGAAAAAAAUAUGGUCGACACUGAUCAUCUAAGGCGCCUGGACUUCCAAUGCAUGAAUCACCUUCAAGAAAUUAAAUGGGAUGAUCUAAGUACCGAUCUUGAAUAUCUCAACAUCGAUCAAUGCAACACAGAGGAUAAUAAAUGGCAGGGAGAUAUAGUUGGGGCUCACAUAAGGGUAAGUAAUUACCAUCUUUUACAGUCCUUAACAGCAGACUCAAAAUUGUGGGGAGCAAAAUGCUUCUCUCGUUUCCAUAUAUGCAUCUCUCCUUGUCAAGAAGAAAAACGUCAAAGGCGAUUUUUAUAUGCAAACAUGGGUUUCAAGACACAAAUACCUAACUUACCUUCAGAAAGCCAUUUCGAUAGGCAUUUAGAGAUCCGAGGAGGCGAUACUUCCCCCUACAUUUCUACUCAUUAUUUUCUCAUUCGAACGGAAUUAUUCAAUCUGUGUGACAAUGCCUUCGUCCAUAGAUUGUCGGAUUUUUGCAUUGUGGAUGCAAUAACAGAACUGAGAGAAUGCCGGGUUGAGAGGUGCAAGAAUUUGGAGAAAUUUUUUGAAGGAGUGAAUCUCAGUUCUGCCACUUUAAGUUGCCUCGAGAACGUAUGGAUGUCUAACCUUCCAAGGCUGAAGAGCGUGUGCGAGGGCAGAUAUGCGAGCCAAAGCUUCACACUCCUGAAACACAUAUAUCUGGAGCACUGUCCGAGACUCAUUGUCGUCUUCUCGUCAGGCGUAUGCUUAACAAACCUGGAAACUCUGCAUAUCAAGUUCUGCACUAGACUGGAGGCAGUGUUUCGAGGGGUAGCUAAGGAAAAAGGUUCGCUCCAACGACUACAUACCGUGUGUCUGUGGGAGCUACCAAAGCUGGAGAGUAUCUGCAGUGACGUGUGCUUGGGGGCAUUGAAGAAGCUGAGAGUGGGUGGAUGUCCGAAGCUGAAUAAGCUUCCUCUUCAAAUCUCUAAUGACAAUGCUGCUGCUUCUACAACUGUUAUCGGUGAGGGUGGUGUUAAGGUAGAAGGCGAGUUGGUAUGGUGGGCCAGCCUCAAGUUGGAAGGAGACAACAUCAAGCGCCUUGUCGACUUCAAAGAACGCCGACGUUUCAACAGGCGCUGA